AUGUUUAAUAGGCACCGAUGGCCAAUAUAUGCAUAUGAAACCCUUUCUACAGUCAUUCCAAGGUUAUGCAUAAAUGGGAAUCCUUACACAGUUGUAGCCAAUGUAUUAUUCCACUGCUCAGACACAAUAAUUGAUCAUAAUGUUGAUACUAGUAUCUUACACUCUAUGCGUCAAAUGUUCCAUGAUGAAUAUUACAAAUCGUUAGUCACGAUUUAUUCCAAUCCGUUUACCGCAAAAAAUGGCUGUGCUGAAUAUGUUUUUUCACCUUUAAACACUAAUAUCGUACAAAAAGUUAGUCCUAGAAUACGUAACGUCCCUCUUAAGCGCUUAAAAUCUCUUCUACAUGAAUCAUUAUAUAAUUUUGGACUAUUUAAUACUACACACAAGGAAAGGGUUGAUAUCAAUGGAUUGCUUAGGGCUGUAGGACUUCAAGAUUAUUUUGAUGUAAUUGAUUUACUACGACUAAAUCAUAAACUAAGGACUCUAACGUCAAAUAAUGUGGAUGCAAUACUUGAUUAUCACAUGGGUAUAGGCCAAAAUGGACGCACAAAAUCCAUUAAGUUUGUUAUGAAACUAAUUAAUGCAAACACAAACUUGGACACACUGAUAAACCGUUCAAAUUGGUCUCUAGAAAGAAUUUUGUAUGAGGUUACAAAAGCAGAGUGUUAUGUAUCAUUUGAUACCUUCAUAAAUUCAUUGCAAUAUCAAAGAUUGUUAUUACAAACUAGGGAAUUCCUAGAGUCUACAGAUAAAAAUACAGGAUUAUUAAGAAGCAUUUGGGGUUAUUGCAUGAGAGAUUUUUUACUAGGGAAACUAAAACCCCCCGAACCCAUAAAAAUUUCAAAAAUAAAUUCGGGCAUCAAUUCCAUUACAGACAACGACAUGACUGAUAAAAACAAUUGUAUAAAAUGGGAUCCAUAUCGCAACUGUUUCAUCAUCUAUCUAAUUGACAAUUGCAUUGCCAUUAGGAAUCGAAGUUUUUGCUACAUAGAUUCUAUUGCAUGCCUUAAUGAAUCAUUUGAUUAUUUACACAAAAUGUGCAAUACAAAACGGAUGCAUAUAGUAUCCAAAUCAGGCAAUUUAAAAAGUAUGAAACCAGAUGAAUUACUAAAAAUCACGACUAAACUAUCACUGAACGUAGAAUAUAGCAUAAAAAGAACUCAAAAAUCUACAGUUGUCAAACCUUCGCUAUUAUCUAUCACUGUCAAUGCAAAAGAUAAAAUUGACACUAAUGAUUUUAAAAUAUAUGUUAUUGACCUAUUUAACGAUGACCCAUUGUACAUACAGUCACUGCAUAAUUUGUUGGACUGGAUUCUUUCAUCACCUUUUUUGAUCAAAUUGGGCCAUAAUAUAGAUGAACACAUACAGUAUCUGGUCUAUCAUUUGGAAUCUAUAUCAACAUUUUCAAAAUUAACGAACAUUUAUGACAUUAGGACUCCUAGAUCAUUACUUAUCCCUGAGGACAAGUCAACUAAUAAUGGAUUAAAUCCAAAAAUUGCGGAAUGGAGUUAUGAAACUUAUAGUUUGAACAGGAUGAUAUCAUCCUUACUCGGAAUAAAUAUAUCAACAAUCACUAAUUGGGAUUUGAGACCUCUAUCCCAAAUGAAUUUACAAUAUGCCACACUACGCAGUUGCUCCGUAUUAGAUAUUGACAAUUUGUUAAUACAAAAUGGCUGGAAUUACGACACCAGUUCGGAUGAAUUAUACAAUUUUUUAAUUACACAUCAUGGAUGUAAAUAUCCAAAUUAA